AUGUGUGAAUUAACUCGUGAUAAGCGCCAGGCUGUUAUUUUAAUGCACCAGGAAAACAUUUCAAAUGUUAAGAUUGCUCAUCGGUGCGACUGCAAUGAGUCCACUGUUUUUAGCCUCAUAAAGAGAUUCAAAACCGAAGGAAACGUAGAUAAAACGCCUAGAGGUGGUCAUCCGAGAUUAUCUUAUAAAUGUACUGAUGUUACAUUCACACGAUUACGCCGUAAAAAUAGAUUUGCAAGUUAUGCCACACUUGCAAGAGAAUGGAAUGAGUCCACGUCUGUCAUUGCCAGUCCCAGAACAUUUCGCAGGAGGCUCUAUAAAGCUGAUUACAAGGCACAAGUACCUAGAAAAAAUCCAAUACUGACGAAAGCAAUGUGGGGAAAAAAAGAUUGGAGUGGGCCAAGGUACACAAAAAUUGGAGUAUUUCGGAAUGGAGACAAGUUAUGUUCAGCGACGAAAUCCCUUUUUUUUUUAAUGUCUGACAAGCCAGGCCACGUUUGGCGUAAAACAAAGGAGAUCAUGAGGCCAGAAUGCUUGGUCCAUACAUCAAAACAUCCAGAAAGCGUAAUGGUGUGGGGAUGCAUGUCAUAUCAAUCAACUGAACGACUUUAUUUUGUACAGAAAUCCAUGAAUGGUGACAAGUAUGUUGAUGUCUUGAAGGAUCAAUUACUUUGUCGAGCUCGUGCUCAAGGCAGAAAUGGAUAUUUCGGCAAGAUCUAG